GAACGGCUCCGCCCCAACUUCUGGUUCUCACUCUCGUCUAGUCGCCCCCGCUUUCUCGUUCUCCCGGUCGGAUGAUGGUGGGAUGGAUGAUGAGUUUUCGUAGUAGGAAUGAAUGGCUCUCCCCUCCUCCUCCAUCCCGAUCACCCUCUCUGAUACUACUGCUGUCUGUUGACGGUCCUGCGCACACUUUCUGGGUCUUGCUGGCUGUCAUAAUGCUCUCACUGACUGGUGUGCUUGCGUUGCCAAGCGUGUAUCCACCACAACUCUUGUCGAGGGGCUAGGCUCCCAUGCUCUACUUUCUGAUAGCGCUUCUGCUUUGCCCAGCCUGCUUGCACUUCCAGAGUUCUCUUCACCGACGAGACCGCGAGUCAUGAGCCUUGUUGUAUGUCUUCAGAGCUUCGAAUCCGCAUGGUUCGGUGCUUAGCAGUUUUUAUCCUCACUCUCGUGCUUCAUCUGCGUCUUUUAUCAUCGUGACCUAAUCUUCAACAUUCAUGGAUCCUUCGUUUCACGUGCGUUUCCUCUCAUCUUUGACCGAUAUCUCUGUCGCAAUGGACGGGGUCCCGAUUUUCCCGCGUCUUGGUUGUCGUCAACUUGGACUAUAUCCCUAAGAAUUCGGGGUUUGAAUAUCGUAAUUUGCAUAUCUGACUCCUCGCGAGGAGCCAGCAACACUUCGACCGAGCUGGCUAUGAUUAAUGGAGGGUCGGAAGCUAGUGAGGGGAAUUUUCAGAGAGAGAUGACACUGAGGCAAUGGCUUGGUAGACCAGGGCGAGUAGUUGAUCGAGUUGAGAGCUUGCACAUCUUCCGACAAAUCCUGGAAUUCGUGGAUCUGGCCCAUGUGCAAGGAGUACUUCUACGCAAUAUACGACCGUCGUGCUUCAUUCUCUCACCUUUCAAUCGCGUUGCUUUCAUCGAUUCUGCCAGCACCCCCUCUAGCUCCGACAGGUCCUCAGAACGCUCCACCGGAAGGGCUUCCGUACAGCAGCUCCUGAGGAAUGGCAGCCCCGACGAUGAUGCUCCGUUUGUGGAUCGUUUCGAGUCAAUUAGCCAUCGGCGUCAAGUACUGGAAAACGUAGAUGACGGAGACCCCCGUCCCAAUUGGUCUUCUUCUCAGGACAGGGCGCACGGACAUGGGAGCGAUAAUGGAUAUGGACAGGAUCGCGCCACAUUAGCGUUUCUUAGGGAAAGUAGUCGGACUGACGAAUUCCGGAGUGGGAGCGGCGGGAACGAUGUCAUCUUGCAGUCCUGGGGAGGAUCUAAUAGUGCCAGAUGGGUGCAGGAAUGUAGCGGUAGUUCUGGAUCAGAGUUGUCGGGCGACAUCAGGGCUAGGAUUGUUGCAGGUGUGAAUUCUGCUCAGACGCUUGCAUCAGGUGGACGUUCCUCUGAAGGUUUCGAGGAUGCCGGAAGGGGUAGUGGCACUGAAGAAUCUCCCGGUGAAGAGGAAGGCCCACCUCGGGACGAACGAUUUCCUCAGAGGCAAGCCUUGCUUAUGGAGCAGACAUGGUACGCGAGCCCAGAGGAGCUCCUUGGGGGCACCAGGUUGUUCGCGUCUGAUAUUUACAGUUUGGGAGUAAUGUUUUUCGAGCUGUUUUGUACCUUCGGUUCUGAAGCGGAGCGAAUAAGGGUUAUGUCCGACCUCCGACAUCGCAUCCUUCCACCUCGUCUACUUUCGGAAUGCCCCAAAGAGGCCGCGUUUUGCCUCUGGCUGCUUCACCCCGAGCCAAGCUCAAGGCCCAAAGCGAGGGAAGUUCUUCAGUGUGAACUGCUGAGUGAAGCCGGUGAAGCAUUAGCUGAGAGGCAAGCUGCUGUCAGCGUGGAAGAGAAAGCCGCGGAAUCGGAUCUUCUGUUGGACUUUUUGCUACGCAUGCAGCAUCAAAAACAGGAAGCAGUGUGUAAAUUAAGUUUAGAUGUGUCCAGACUCACAUCUGACAUAGAGGAAGUUGAGCGGAGGAGAUCAGUUCUGAAGCAACGAGGUAUUCCAUUGAGGAUUCCUGAGUCAGGUGAUAGGUUUCGAAUCGCAGGAAUCAAAGAGGAUGCAUACACAAGAAAUUCUUUGUAUUCAAAAGGACGCUGGGCAAUAGGUUUAGGUGACCAGGAGGAGAGGAAGCCGCCUAUAUUGGGAAAGCGGUCGCGGGAUGAUGACGGGAAUGCUACGCUUGAGUUUAAAGGAGAAGGUGGUAGGUCGCUAGAUGUGCCUUCUAAGCGAAGUGGUGAUAUCUCCUCGAAAAGUGCUAAGGUGAUGAGCAACUUUAGCCAACUCGAGAGGGUGUACUUUUCAAUGAGAUGGAAAGUCGGGCCACCAAGUCUCGACUCCGGUGGAGUAUCAUCACCCAACGGAAGUCACACAGGUGGUUCAUCAAGCACUGGAGAUUUAGGGUGCAACCUUAAAGUAACUGACCAAGAAUCUGUUCCAGUAAGAGGGAAUUCAGAUGACUGGCUUGGAUGCUUCUUUGAUAGUUUGUGCAAGUAUGCUCGCUACAGUAGAUUUGAAGUUAAAGCCACUUUAAGACACGGAGACCUUUUGAAUACUGCCAAUAUGGUAUGUUCACUUAGUUUUGACCGUGACGAGGAGUAUUUUGCAACUGCGGGUGUUUGCAAGCGGAUAAAGGUGUUCGAGUGCGAUUCCUUGCUGAAUGAGAACGUAGAUAUUCAUUACCCGAGGGUGGAGAUGACAAGCCGAUCAAAACUCAGCAGCAUUUGUUGGAAUAGCUACAUUAAGAGCCAUAUCGCCUCCAGUGAUUAUGAAGGCGUUGUACAGCUUUGGGACGUCAAUGCAAGUAAGCCACUGAUGGAGUACCAAGAACAUGAGAAGCGAGCUUGGUCCGUCGAUUUCUCUCGAGCUGACCCUACUAAACUCGCUAGUGGCAGUGAUGAUUGCUGUGUCAAGCUUUGGAGCAUCAACACGGAUUCGAGCAUUGCUACUAUCAAAACUAGAGCGAAUGUUUGCUGUGUUCAGUUUCCACCCGAUGCUUCUCAUCUCCUCGUGUUUGGAUCCGCCGACUACAAGAUUUACUGCUACGACCUGAGGAAUGCAAAAGCCCCACUUUGUGUGUUGGCAAGUCACAGCAAGGCCGUCAGCUAUGUCAAAUUUGUCGAUUCUGGUACUCUGGUUUCCGCUUCAACAGAUAACACACUGAAAUUGUGGGACCUCCAAAAGGCUAGCAGUUGUCAUGGAGUCGAUUCAAGCUGCUCGCUGACAUACACUGGACACACGAAUGAAAAGAAUUUUGUUGGACUUUCAGUAGCCGACGGCUACAUCGCAUGUGGCUCUGAGAAGAAUGCGGUAUUUGCAUAUCAUAAGUCACUGCCCAUGCCCAUGGCUUCUCACAAGUUUGGAUGUGCGGAUCCAAUUACUGGGCAAGAAACUGAAGACGAUGGUGGGCAGUUUGUUUCAAGUGUGUGCUGGAGAGGAAAAUCUCAAACGCUGGUGGCUGCAAACUCCAUGGGAAACAUCAAAGUUUUGGAAAUGGUGUAGUGCCUACGUAUCAUCCACAGUAGAGAUCAUUUACGAGUUUGGUGGCAUAUGAGGAAGCCGUUGCUAGCUCACUCUCACGGCAAGUGCUCAGCAUAGCAGGUUGCUGCGCGCGAUUAUUUUCCAGGUAGAAGGUGAUCUUGACGUGAGAAUUUUGGUGCAGUACAGCCUGUAAGUGUCAACGCAUAGUGUGGUAUGCACGAAAAGAUUAAAGGAACACAGAGCUCACUGCUAAGUUAGAUGUGGUCGGUGGUAAAUUUUCUGCUGGUGGACUAGUUACUAGGUUUGAUGCAUCCAACAUCUGGACUGCGCUCUGUGGUUGUCCACAUUUUAUUUGGAGCAGUCUACUGUAUAAAAGCUGAAGGUUUGGCAAACAGGCAGAUCAGAGUAUUGUCAGUUUUUCUCGCUCAGCGUCGUAUUAAUUUUGAACCUAAAAUUCAUUGUUAUUUUUUUGCGCUUACGUGGUUCUUAAAUUGUUCUGCACUCUAAUCGCUAGUGGCCUAGAGAGAUGAAAGAAGUUUGGCCUCAAUGUUGGAGCUCAUGCGGCAAGACUUUCUGACUUGUCGGUUGAGUUGACAGGUUAACUUGUCCAUGUCUGUUGAAGGACGUCUAUCGUGUAGAUUGGUACUUAGAAGCUUCGUUCUGAAAGGACGCUUCAACUUUGUGAAGAUAUCGUUUAACGGAAGGAGAACGCGUGUCAAGUGCUGCAUUCGAGUUGUUUGGGAAGAACCUCAACAGCGGACCAAUGAACUUCUGAACUUUGACUGAAAGGUGCAGCCAUGCCUGGAUUGUAUAGAAACUGGACUUCAUGCCAUGGACUCAGCCUUCAGUCUUCAAGGAGAGACGGAUGGGGAACCAAUUGCUGUUGUCACCCCAAUAGGUGAAUGAAACAGACCUCUGAGGGUGUCAUAGUAGCGCGAAGGAAGACUUCGUGAAAGAGGAUGGCGAUCUGCCCGGAGAGCACAAGAUUACGUCUGGAGAUGGACUUUUGUGCUUUGCCGCCUCAUGUCCAUCAAAAUGUGUAGCACGACGUGAAUUCAAUUGAUGCGCAAUUUGUGUGGAGGUAGGAACUUUGAGGAAGCUUCAUUAUGCCACUCCGUCCCGGCUCAAUUUUUGCAGUAACUUAAAUUCUUUUCUCCCGAGAGGGUACUCAGAUUAUAUUUUAGGACAUGUGUAUGUCGAGUACCCUAGUCAUUGCAUGUCAUGUGGCUUUUACUAAUCUGAUUCGGAGAUGUACAUUAGGCGAGGGGCGGUAAACUCGAUGCGAAGAAAUAUUGCAGGUUGAUAACAUACUGCCAUAUUUUCUUGCGCCCCCCCUGUUCUGUUGUUCUGUGUUGCAUUGUGAGGCAGAGAUAAAUUCCGUUUCUGCUAUAUCCUGCAACCUCUCGGAUGUUAUUAUUGGCCCAUCAUUGCGGCAUUUUGGACCAUUGAGUCCGACAAUUGCACCUAGUUUCCUGGGUAAAUUACGUCAUUCUUAGUUUGUAAAAGU